CAAAGCCCGCCCUCCGAGGCCUCGCCCACAGCGGGCGCUGCUUCCGCUUCCGGUCCCGUACGAACUCUCCCGCCAAGCGGUAAACGGGCAGUUUUCGUGUGUGUUUGUGUGUGUUUCCUCGUUCAGUGCGGGUGCAGGUAAUAAGAUGGAGUUUUCAGGAGUAAAGCGGAGGAAACCGAGGCUGGUAGAUAACCAGAAGAACGCUUGCUACCCACAUAGCCUUCAGUUUUACUUGCAGCCCCCUUCUGAAAACAUAUCUUUGAUAGAGUUUGAAAACUUGGCUAUCGAUAGAGUUAAAUUGCUGAAGUCAGUGGAGAACCUGGGCGUGAGCCAUGUGAAGGGAACCGAGCAGUACCAGAGCAAGCUGGAGGCGGAGCUUCGGAAGCUCAAGUUUUCCUACAGAGAAAACCUGGAAGAUGAGUAUGAACCGCGAAGAAGAGAUCACAUUUCUCACUUUAUUUUGCGCCUAGCUUAUUGCCAGUCUGAAGAUCUUAGGCGCUGGUUCAUUCAACAAGAAAUGGAUCUCCUUCGAUUUCGAUUCAGUAUUUUACCUAAGGACAAAGUUCAGAGUUUCUUAAAGGAUAGCCAUUUGCAGUUUGAGGCUAUAAGUGAUGGAGAGAAGACUCUCCGAGAACAGGAUCUCAUCGCUUCAUCACCCAGCUUAAGCGCUCCAUCACCCACUCAGCUGGACUUGGAGUCAGUUUAUAAGAUCCCUUUUGCGGAUGCCCUGGACUUGUUCCGAGGAAGGAAAGUCUAUUUGGAAAAUGGCUUUGCUUAUGUACCACUCAGGGACAUUGUGGCGAUCAUCCUGAAUGACUUUAGAACCAAACUGUCCAAGGCUUUGGCGUUAACAGCCAGGUCCUUGCCUGCUGUGCAGUCGGAUGAGAGACUCCAGCCGCUGCUCAACCACCUCAGUCAUUCCUACACUGGUCAAGAUUACAGCACCCAGGGGAACGCCGGGAAGAUUUCUUUAGACCAGAUCGAUUCGCUUUCUACCAAAUCCUUCCCGCCUUGCAUGCGCCAGCUGCACAAAGCCCUGCGGGAGAAUCACCACCUUCGUCACGGGGGCCGCAUGCAGUACGGCCUCUUCCUGAAGGGCAUCGGCUUGACCUUGGAACAGGCUUUGCAGUUCUGGAAGCAAGAAUUUGUCAGAGGAAAGAUGGAUCCGGACAAGGUAAUUAUGAAAAAUCAGAGCAGUAGCUUAAAUUGUAAUUUGGUCUGA